AGAUGGAUCGCUGAGGAAAGUUUUGUUUUGGCAAGAAUUGGAUCAACCCAGAGCAAUCGCCUUAGAUCCUGCAAGAGGGUUCAUGUACUGGACAGACUGGGGAGAAGUGCCAAAGAUAGAACGAGCUGGGAUGGAUGGUUCAAGCCGCUCCAUUAUCGUUAACACGGACAUAUAUUGGCCGAAUGGACUGACGUUGGAUUAUGAGGAACAGAAACUCUAUUGGGCAGAUGCUAAACUGAAUUUCAUCCACAAAUCAAACCUGGAUGGAAGUCAUAGGCAAGCAGUGGUUAAAGGCUCCCUUCCACAUCCCUUUGCUUUGACACUGUUUGGGGACACGUUGUACUGGACUGACUGGAACACACAUUCGAUCUUGGCCUGCAGCAAGUACUCUGGGGAGGACCUGCGUGAAAUACAUUCCAACAUCUUCUCUCCCAUGGAUAUCCAUGCCUUCAGCCAGAAGAGACAGCCAAAUGCUACAAACCCAUGUGGAAUUAAUAAUGGUGGCUGCUCCCACUUGUGUUUGAUGUCUCCUACCAAGCCCUCUUAUCAGUGUGCAUGUCCCACUGGUGUGAAACUUCUCGAGAAUGGAAAGACCUGCAAAGAUGGCGCCACUGCGCUGCUGCUCCUGGCCCGCCGGACGGACCUGAGGCGCAUUUCCUUGGACACGCCCGAUUUCACGGACAUCGUGCUGCCGCUGGAGGACAUCAGGCACGCCAUCGCCAUCGACUUCGAUCCCCUGGAGGGAUACAUCUACUGGACAGAUGACGAAGUGAGGGCCAUCCGCCGCUCCUUCCUCGACGGCUCGGGCAGCCAGUUUGUGGUCACGGCUCAGAUCGCGCACCCCGACGGCAUCGCCGUGGACUGGCUGGCCCGCAACCUGUACUGGACGGACACCGGCACGGACCGCAUCGAGGUCACCAGGCUCAAUGGCACCAUGAGGAAAAUCCUGAUAUCAGAAGACCUGGAAGAACCCAGAGCUAUUGUGCUGGAUCCCAUGGUUGGGUAUAUGUACUGGACUGACUGGGGAGAAAUCCCAAAAAUUGAGAGGGCAGCAUUGGAUGGCUCAGACAGAAUUGUCCUGGUGAACACCUCACUUGGCUGGCCAAAUGGUUUGGCUCUGGAUUAUGCAGAAAGCAAAAUAUACUGGGGAGAUGCCAAAACAGACAAAAUAGAGGUCAUGAAUGCUGAUGGUACUGGUAGGAGAGUCCUGGUGGAAGACAAGCUGCCUCAUAUAUUUGGAUUCACUCUGUUGGGAGACUACAUUUACUGGACAGACUGGCAGAGGCGCAGCAUUGAGCGCGUGCACAAGUGCACGGCAGAGAGAGAGAUCAUCAUCGAUCAGCUGCCCGAUCUGAUGGGCCUGAAAGCCACCAACGUCCACCAGAUCAUCGGUACAAACCCCUGUGCAGAAGACAAUGGCGGCUGCAGCCACCUGUGUCUGUACCGACCACAAGGCCUUCGCUGCGCCUGCCCCAUUGGCCUCGAGCUCAUCAGUGACAUGAGGACCUGCAUCGUCCCAGAAGCUUUCCUGCUCUUUUCCAGGAGAGCAGACAUCAGGCGCAUCUCUCUAGAAACCAACAACAACAACGUUGCUAUUCCGCUCACUGGAGUCAAGGAAGCUUCUGCUCUGGAUUUUGACGUGACAGACAAUCGCAUUUACUGGACUGACAUUUCACUGAAGACCAUCAGCAGAGCAUUUAUGAAUGGCAGCGCACUGGAACAUGUUGUGGAGUUUGGCUUGGAUUAUCCCGAGGGCAUGGCUGUGGACUGGCUGGGGAAGAACUUGUACUGGGCUGACACUGGCACGAACCGCAUCGAGGUGUCCAAGCUGGAUGGGCAGCACCGCCAGGUGCUCGUGUGGAAAGAUCUCGACAGUCCUCGGGCACUGGCACUGGACCCUGCUGAGGGGUUCAUGUACUGGACUGAGUGGGGUGGCAAGCCAAAGAUUGACAGAGCUGCUAUGGAUGGCAGUGAGAGGACCACGCUGGUCCCAAACGUGGGACGGGCUAACGGCCUGACCAUUGACUAUGCCAAGAGACGCCUGUACUGGACUGACCUGGACACCAACCUGAUAGAGUCCUCCAACAUGCUAGGCCUUGACCGUGAGAUCAUAGCUGAUGAUUUGCCUCACCCCUUUGGCCUGACCCAGUACCAGGAUUACAUUUACUGGACAGACUGGAGCCGGCGGAGCAUCGAGCGAGCCAACAAGACCAGCGGCCAGAACCGAACCAUCAUCCAGGGGCACUUGGAUUACGUUAUGGACAUCCUGGUCUUCCACUCCUCCAGGCAGGCAGGCUGGAAUGAGUGUGCCUCCAGCAAUGGUCACUGCUCUCACCUAUGCCUGGCAGUCCCCGUGGGAGGGUUUGUCUGUGGCUGCCCAGCUCACUAUUCCUUGAACUCUGACAACAGGACCUGCAGUGCUCCUACCACCUUUCUGUUGUUCAGUCAGAAGAAUGCGAUUAAUCGCAUGGUGAUAGAUGAGCAGCAGAGCCCAGAUAUCAUCCUCCCCAUCCACAGCCUCCGCAAUGUCCGGGCCAUUGAUUACGACCCCCUGGAUAAGCAGCUCUACUGGAUCGACUCUCGGCAGAACAUCAUCCGGAAGGCACAGGAGGAUGGCAGCCAGAGCCUCACUGUUGUGACAAGUCCAGUUCCCAAUCAGAACCUGGACAUGCAGCCCUACGACCUGAGCAUUGACAUCUACAGCCGCUACAUCUACUGGACCUGCGAGGCCACCAACGUCAUCAAUGUGACUCGCCUGGAUGGGAGACCCAUGGGAGUGGUGCUCAAGGGGGAUCAGGAUCGGCCCAGAGCCAUUGUGGUGAAUCCAGAGAAAGGAUACAUGUAUUUCACCAACCUACAGGAGAGAUCUCCUAAAAUUGAGAGAGCAGCAUUGGAUGGAACUGAGCGAGAAGUCCUUUUUUUCAGUGGUUUGAGCAAGCCCAUUGCCUUAGCUAUUGACAGCCAGCUGGGCAAGUUGUUCUGGGCUGACUCAGAUCUGCGCAGAAUUGAAAGCAGUGACCUUUCAGGUGCUAACCGGAUCGUUUUGGAAGACUCCAAUAUCUUGCAGCCUGUGGGACUAACUGUAUUUGAGAACUGGCUGUACUGGAUUGACAGGCAGCAGCAGAUGAUUGAAAAGAUUGAUAUGACCGGUCGCGAAGGACGUACAAAGGUCCAGGCUCGUAUUGCACAGCUCAGUGACAUCCAUGCUGUGAAGGAGCUCAACCUGCAGGAAUACAGACAACAUCCGUGCUCUCAAGAUAAUGGUGGCUGCUCCCACAUUUGCAUUGUGAAGGGGGACGGCACCACGCGCUGCUCUUGCCCCGUGCACCUGGUGCUGCUGCAGGAUGAGCUGUCCUGUGGAGGUGAGAUUGACUGCAUCCCGGUGGCCUGGCGCUGCGAUGGGUUCACUGAGUGUGAAGACCACAGUGACGAGAAGAACUGCCCAGUGUGCUCUGACACCCAGUUCCAGUGUGAGAGUGGGCAGUGUAUAGACAGUGUCCUGCGCUGCAACGGGGAAGCGAAUUGUCAGGACAACUCGGACGAGAAGAACUGCGAAGUGCUGUGCUUAACGGAUCAGUUCCGCUGUGCCAGUGGGCAGUGCAUUGGGAAAAGCAAGAAGUGUGAUCACAACCUGGACUGCAGUGACAGCUCUGAUGAGCAAGGAUGCUACACAACAGAGGAACCUGCACCACAGCCCAACAACACCAUAGGCUCCAUCAUUGGUGUGAUCCUUACAGUCUUUGUGGUGGGAGCAAUGUACUUCAUCUGCCAGAGGGUGCUGUGCCCACGCAUGAAGGGGGAUGGGGAAACCAUGACCAAUGAUUAUGUGGUGCACGGGCCAGCCUCGGUGCCUCUGGGCUACGUGCCUCACCCAAGCUCUCUGUCAGGGUCUCUCCCUGGUAUGUCUCGAGGUAAAUCUGUCAUCAGCUCCCUCAGCAUUAUGGGAGGGAGCAGUGGCCCACCCUAUGACAGGGCCCAUGUUACAGGAGCCUCCUCCAGUAGUUCUUCAAGUACCAAAGGCACUUACUUUCCUCCAAUUUUGAACCCACCACCAUCACCAGCUACUGAACGUUCACACUACACCAUGGAAUUUGGUUAUUCUUCAAACAGCCCAUCCACUCAUAGAUCCUACAGCUACCGGCCCUACAGCUACCGGCACUUCGCGCCGCCCACGACGCCCUGCAGCACGGACGUGUGCGACAGCGACUACGGCCCGAGCCGCCGGCUGCCCGCGGCCGCCAAGGGCUACACCAGCGACCUCAACUACGACUCGGAGCCGGUGCCGCCGCCGCCCACGCCGCGCAGCCAGUACCUGUCGGCCGAGGAGAACUGCGAGAGCUGCCCGCCGUCCCCCUACACCGAGCGCAGCUACUCGCACCACCUAUACCCUCCGCCGCCGUCCCCCUGCACCGACUCGUCCUGAGAGCCAGCCCCCCGCCCCGCGCCCUCCGCCCCGCCGUGUAAAUACUAAAGGUUCUGCUGGGGACGGGGGGAGGGAGCCCAGUGUACAGUUAAGUGCAGGGCGGAGGAACACUGAAGAUA